GCUGCCUAAGGGAAGCAUGUUUAAUGUAAACAGAAUUGGGAUGGGAAUUGAUAAGGAUUUAAUGAUUCCACAAUAUCACUUAUUCAUUUAAUUCCUUAUAGAUUCUCCUAUCGAUUCCAACUGCUCCAUUUUGAGAGUCACCACCAUGACUGAGCAGCACAGACAUUAGAUUCUUGCAAAUGAAUUACAUGCUGUGGGUCAAAUGUUUGUGCCUGUUGGAGGUUUUUCCCCUCUUUGCUGUGAUCAGUGUUGGGGUCAUUACUCAUAAUAAUUAUUACACAUAAUACACAGAAAACUUUUUGUAAAAAAUAACACAGUACUUGACUUAAUUACAGAAAGCAGAAAGUAAGUCAUUAUGCCGCUUGUUACUUUACGUUCAUGUUACUCUCUAGAAUCACCUUCUGACACAUAGUCUAAUAAUCACCAAUUAUACCAUCGUACCAUCAGUCCCACACACCAACACCAAUCCCUAUCCUAAUGAGGAUACACAUAUGUUUCUCCUAGUAUUUAAAUAUGAACAAAAAGAGACUUUAAAGUAAUCGUGACAGUAAUUUUACAUUAGAAACAUGAACAGGUAGAAAUGGAUCUGACUGCUCAUCUGUUGAAGUUUAGUGUCUGGUUGCUGGCCUGGGGUAUUCACUCAGCUUUAACCUCAUGCGGGUUCUUGAAUAACUUAGGGUUAGCAUGUUGUCUGUGCGGGUCCUUACAAAAAAACUGAAGUUAUGUUAGCAGUAAAAUGUGGGUAUUUCUGCCCUGGACGCUCUUGUCCUUUUAUGCAAGAAAAAUGAAAGUAAUGUUCAUAUCUGUGCUGUAGACUGUGUCACUAUUGUCACACGAACUGAAAACACCUCAUUGUAAUGCAAGUACAAGAGGAACUGAUAAGCGGGAUCAACAGGCAAGCAGACAUAUAAUUCUGGGAACUUGUUCUGGAUAUCCAUCCCUGCAUUCAGUACAGCAGUGUAUAUUAUUUCAUAUGCAAAACUAAUUUUGUUAAAUGGUUAUUAUUCUUAUUUGUGAAUAGAAGAAGAAGAAGAAUUCUUAUUAUUGUCCUUCUAAUUAAUAGGAAUAACAAUCCUUUUAUUGUUACUUGUUUUGUUUUGUUUUGUUUUUUGAAUUCCAGUAACAAUAAGAAAAAUGGAGGCAAGCAAGAGCCUUAAAAAAUAUAUAGCACUAUAUAUUCCAGAAAUUUGAAUCAAAGAACAUUUAGCCUUGUCUAGUAAUGGUUAUGAAUGCAGAAUCGGUGGCACUUAUGUUAAUCCCAUUGUAGAGACAUUGGCUGCAAUUCAUCCGGAGACGCUUCAGAGGUCACUUGCAAGAUAAUUCUUCAUGAAUAGAAGUUAAUGGAGCUAAAGGGCUACAUUAAAAAAGGCCAGAGUGUGUUGUAGGUUUUGCAAAUAUACUAUUAAAUAUAUUUUAGGAUUUAAUACUUAUGCCCUUUUUGAUCUCUUGUUUUUGUUUUUUUGACAAAGAAGCCCAUUUGUCCAUAAAACACCCGCUAAUGUAUGCUGAUCCAUCUCUUAACAAUAAUAACAGGAGUAAUUGCGCUACAGUUACAAAUAUGUAGUGACUUUCAUUACAAAGUUAAGUGCAAGUUAGCGGAUAAGAAGGAAAAAGAGUAAUGUGUUUUCUUGCUUUAAUCAUCUGGUUUCAGUUUAUUUGCCGGGAGGAGUGAAAUGGUUGAGUGAUCUACAGGUUUUGAGCGGUGAAAAUAUUUCUUUUAAUUUUUAUUGCACAAAAGUAGAAGAUAAGAAUGCAAAGUGCUUUCAGGACAGAAAUAACUGCAUUAUACUGCUAACACAACUUUGGUUAAUGCUAACACAAAGCUAGUCAACAUGUAAUUAAGGCAAGUGAUGAGCAGUUAGACUUGCAGCAUUGUAGCCUCCAUUUCUACCUGUUCAUGUUUCUACAGUAGACUCACUACAGUGCAGUAGAAUUUCAAGUGUCGUUGGUCUGUUUUCUUCAGAAUCAGAAUACUUUAUUAAUCCCGAAGGAAAUUAGGGUUACAGCAGGCAGCACACUAAUGGCGCAUGCGCACUUACAAAGGAACCUUCAAACCUUUUUUAACUUUGCUUUGUAUUGUUGGUUCUGUUAGUGUGUGGAGCUGUAGCCUAAGGUUUAUAGUGUUAACUAGUAACUACAUGACAAUUACUUUAACAUGGGCAUUUUAGGCAGUAGCAUGAAUAACUAUCCCAACACUGCUCACAACUGAAACUUCCAUGUGUGUGCAAGAAGUAGCUGGUUGUGGUGUUUGAAGGUAAUGCUAUCAUGGGACAUCCCCAACACUAAAACUGAAAAUGGGCCUAGAUCUGUUAAAAACAUAAUGAAAAUGUCCAGAGGAUUUCCAGAUUGUUGGCUAAAGCUCCAUUGGGCUGCAUGCUGUUCUUUCCAAACCCCAUGUCUGGAGUUCAGAGUUGUCACAUUGUCAUCUGUUGUUAAAAUGUCAGCUAUAUUUGGCCCCUGUAUAAAUUAAUUGAGCCUCAGUUAAAGUAAUAAGUGUGAUGAAAGGAUUUGAUUCAGUAAUUCAUGUCAAGUGGAUAAAAUCUUUGCACAGUGAAAAUGCGAAAAGCGCAAAACAAUUUAACUGAAGGCACAAAUUAAUGGAGACAAGAGUGCAAGGUUCAGACGUAAAUUCUUUUGUAUGGCACUUCACGACGUCACUGUGGUAAAUUUUAUUAUGUAGUUUGUCUGCUUUUGUGGCCAGUCACUGGCUGAUACAACAGGGAGACAAGUCUCACCAGGAUGAUUACAGUCUUCAGCGUGUCUUUCGCCAUGUAUCAACAUGUGAACACUGGCUGUCAUUUGGCAGACGAGUGACUGUGGCAGCCAUUGAUCUGGUGCUUGCACGUAUGUGUGCAUGCAUGUUCCCCGCAUGUGUGUAUGCAAUCUUUGUCUUCAUGUGUGUAUGCCUGUGCAUGUUUGUCGCUAGGGGUUGGAUGCUGAAAUGUCGCUCCAGCGAAUGAGGGAAUAUUCCUGGCUGUCAUGUGACUGUGUGAUGUCAGUGAGAGAGAGAGAGAGAGAGGAAGAGAACAGAGAUAAAGACAUAGGGAGAGAGUGUGAGCGAGAGAGAGAGAGAGCAAGGUGCAAUUUACCCCCACAGCUGAUCAGUGCAGUGCUCAGAGAGAAGCUGAGACGACUAGACUCACACACACACUUCUUUUGGCUCACUUAUAUGCACAUGCACUGCACACACACACACACACACACACAUGCACUUUGGGCACGUCAACACACAAACUGGGAGGCAUCACUUUAAAAAAGAAAGGAUGCAUUGCUUCCUCUGCUUUCUAAGCUCAUGAUACUUUGGAUACCGAGGACAGAUCUGCCUCCUGGACAAGAGUAAAACGAUUCUUACUGGAGAGAGAGAAAAAACUCUGAAGAAGAAAAAAAAACUACACAAAAAAGGACACGCAAUACCAGCAGAGAUUAUUACUGGCAGCGGCGGGUUUGGACAACCAUUCAGUGGGCAUUUUCAACAGCAGCUGCACCAGCAGCAGCAUCAACAACACAAACCUUCCAGCACUCUCUCUGGCGUCAGCGUCCCUGCGCUCCUGGCCUCCUCUCCACUGUUUCCCUCCAGUCCGGUCUCUAUGCACCACAGUGACUGGUACUGCCAAGGCCAGAUGGCACUGGGGGGGCAGAUUGCAACUGCAGCUCAGGCAGGGUCCAGAAUAACUUUGAAGGAAGAUCAGGUGAAAUUAGGGCAAGCCAGGAUGGAAGGUACAUCGUCCAGAGUGAUGUCCGAGGCUCCAGGUGCCCAAACCUUCAACAUGCCGGCACAGAAAAUCGAUGAUGAGGAGUUCAAAGGGGGGAGAUUGAGGGAGGGUGGACUUAGGGUGGGGGAGGCAGGAGGGUCAUUAGGAAGUGCAGCACAAAGUCCCAACAGCCCCCUGUCCUCCCACUCCUCCCUAUCCUCUUCAUCACCCUCACCUUCUCUCUCACCUGGGACAUCCAUUCUGAAUUCAGCCUUGGACCCUAAACCUAUACCCAAGCCCGACAUUGGCCAAAGUAAUCUGCAAGCAAAAAAUACAGGCAACAAAGAUGAUUUGGCUGUCCAGGGCCAGGGCUCACUUUCUCCUGCAAAACAGACUUCUGGCCAAGGCACAACAAGCCCUUCCUUCACUGGAAGCACCAACUUAAGUCUUGGAAGUCAAGACGAUGAGAAGAAAUCAUCUGGGAACUUACUCGGAAAGCACAGAGAAAAAUUUCCUGCAAGUACAACUGGAAACCAAAUCCUCCAGCCAUAUUUAGAAAAGCAAAGUGUUCAUACACAACCUGGUGAGACUGCUCUUCCAUCUGCUGACUUAACCCUGAGCAAAUCUGGUCACACUGCUGCACAAACCACAGACCCACCUGCGGCCUCAGCCAACAAAACUACCACUAGUGUUGGACAGAGUGGAUUGGAAAGAGAAUACUCAAGCCAUACUGAAAAGAGAACGUCAGGAUCGUGGACAUCAGAGGAUAUUAGUGUUGAAAAAGAGCACGAGGUUGCAAGUCCCAGAAUGUGCCGGGAUUUAAAUGGCGCUGAGGAUGGCAGAGCGGGAUCGUGUCGUCCAUGUAACAGAGAAACAAAAACAAACCAUAGUAGUGAUGCUCCACAGCGGGCUGCAGUGAGACGAGCAAUGUCUGACUGUUCACAUCUGGCUGUUCCCAUGGUAAUGGCAGGGACAUACCCCACCAGUAUGGGAGGCUCACCAGUGAUGGCACCAAAUGUGCUGAAUUUUACCAUGACAGGAACAGCAUGUCUGACCAGGGCGCCCUACCAACACGUGGCUGUCCGGCGCUCACUUACGGUCACGGACGGCACCGAGGCGGCUGCUGCAAUGGCGACAAUGAUGGUUUCCCCAUUAAUAACAUCUCCUGUUUUGCCAUCUUCCCCACCCCCAAAGAGACAUCAUGGAAGCUGCGAGAGCAAUUUUCUAAUUCCUGUCCCACCCCCUGUUGGAGCGUCAGCUAACGUCUCUCAAGAUAGUAAGCUAAACACAGCGGUUAAAUCUGACAACAAGGACAAGCAGGAGAAGACAGACAUCGUGUCUGGGAAAACAGACAAGAUUGACAACUUUGACAAGAAGGAAGAACAGCAGAAGGACUACGGCCCAGACAAGAACCAGAAGUCUGAGAAGAUAAUCAAAAACGAGGAGAAGCUAGAGAAGAUGAACGCGGAGAAAAACAACAAGGCCAAUGAGAAGGCGGAAAAGGUAGACAAGCCGGAGAAGACCAACAAAGAUGAGAAGAAGGAGGAGAAGGGUGUGAAAGGGACGGCCAAGUCUCCCACAGGGAAUGGUAGCAAGACCCUGGCGAGCCCUGACAGCAAGAGCAAGCCUAAUGCAGGUUCCACCAAACCAGAUUCUGCCAAAUCACGCCCAUCCACUCUCUCCACAAAUGGCGAGGCCAACUCGGCCAAACGCCCCUCCCCCACCACUGCUUCAGCCAAUAAAAAAAGCCCUGUACCCAAGGCAACUACACCUACUGCUGCCAAGCGGCCGCCAACAGCAACUAGCUCUGCUAAGGCUGCCAAGACUCCAGAAAAUGGGGAAAAACGUCCACCUGUGCCAAAGGCCACGCCCGCUCCCCGUACAACUGCCAGUAAGAAUGGCUCCUCUGCAACUGCUGCAGGCAAGACUGCAGCCAACAAGAACGACAAAACUGAGAACAAGACCAGUGAGGCCAAGAAACCCAAGACUACACCCCGUCCUCGCCCAGCCUCAACCGCCGCUCCUGCUACCCCGGCUGCUUCCACCAAUGGAGAAUCCAGUGCCACUCACCGCCGUCGGGUCAUCACCAAACCCCCUGUGCCCAAGCAGACUCCCCUGGAUAAGAAACCAGCUGUUCCCCGUGCUCCCCGCACCCCCCGACCCAUCAAUGCUCCGACACCAGAUCUAAAGAACGUCCGUUCCAAGAUUGGUUCUACUGACAACAUCAAGUACCAGCCUGGUGGAGGAAAGGUCUCUUCCACCCCGAACAACAAGACAUCAGACCCCUCCACCCCUGCUGCCAAGGCCAGAGUUCAGAUAGUGCACAAAAAGCUGGACUUCAGCCACGUCACUUCUCGCUGUGGCUCCAAGGACAAUAUCAAACAUGUCCCUGGAGGUGGCAAUGUGCAGAUCCUGAAUAAGAAGGUUGAUGUGAGCAAGGUAACAUCCAAAUGUGGCUCCAAGGACAACAUCAAACACAAGCCAGGUGGUGGUGAUGUGAAGAUUGAGUCUCAUAAGCUAAACAUUAAGGCUAAGUCUAAGAUUGGAUCCGUGGACAACGUGGGGGCAGGAAAUGGACAGACCAAUGGACAAAAGGAAGAGAAAACUGAGCAGAAAACAUCAUCACCCCCAAGUGGGACUCAGACAACAGGACCAGGAGUCACUGCUAAGGCAACAGCACCUGGAGGUGUUGCUAAGGAGAACAGCAUGAAGGAAACCACACCCACUCCUUUUGGGGGAGAUGGACUGAGGGAGCCCCUCAGUGCAGAGAAAUGCAUCACUGAGACAAACUGAGUCCCAAUGACCCGCAGAUUUUGGUGGGACACGCAUGGCGCUCGCUGGCCUGCCAAUCAACUACCAACCAACUACCACGGCGCAGUCACUUUCCUCUGAUCCCGCCCUUCAUCUUGCCCACCGCAGCACCGAACUGACCGAUCGCCUCUCAGUGUUUCUCUGGGAUCUGCCUGCCAGCUUCCUGCUACCAACUCUGACCUUUGGCCCCUUGUCACCCUUGGGUUGCCCCACCUACCACAGAGAAAAGUAAUUGCUGUUUGUCCAUGUUUCUCUGUGCAGGUUUCCACCAGCUUCUCCACUGAUGCCAUUUCCUUGUAAGCACUGACUAAGGUCAUUCCAACCUUAAAGCCCAAAUGUAACAACCCCAAAGCAAUAAUCCCACAAUCAAUCAAUCAGUGCUCUAUUAAGUAUCUUGACCAUAGCCACUUUUUCUCAUAGAAUGUUCACCCUACUAGUGAAAACAGUUGCCUCAGAUCACAGUAAUGGAGCUUUGUUCUAGACCCUCUGGCAGGCUUUGACAUUUAAAAACCAAACUAACAAAAACAGCACCAUUCGUAGGUCAUCAGACGUCUCAUUACAGGUCAGUCUACAAUUCAUCACACGUUACUUCUCUUGGUAUCAGUGCACCAGUUUGUCUCUUCAGAGUUCUUCACAAUAAUGAUUCCUUGAAUUUUAAUAUUAUGAUGUUUGUAGUCGUGGCUGCAAAGAGCACAAAAUGAAUCUGGUCUCGAGCGGCUAUGAAGAGAGAUGUCUGGAAGCAAAUCUGAUGAUGGAUUUUAAAACCAGUGCAAUAGCUUCUCAAAAGUCAGAUGGUUUUAGUACAAUUGAAAUCAUUCAGCGAUGUAACUCGUGCAUUAUGAAGGCAGCAAGAGGGAGGAUACAGGAGCUCUGCUGAUACUCUGGGUGGUUUCGGCUCAAAGAGGAUUUGGCACAAAAAAAUCUGUGUUUGAUCUCAGAGCCAAGUGUUUUUAAAGUUAAGAUCUCUCUAAUUGACCUUGAAGGAGUGAAUAUAAAUUCCAGCUGAAUGAGUGAUAUUGAAGGAUGGUAAUAAACCUUGAAAUUAAACAGAGUGGCACAGAACACAUGCACUCUAUAAUGUAAUGUAGCACUUAUGAUGGACAGUGUCAAUCACAGUGUCACAGGAUUCUUUAUAAACAUUCAGUCACACCAGCACAUCAAAUGUCUCCAUUUCAGAGUCAUUAUAGUGUAGACCAGUGGAAUCUGUGUGAUGGUCUAUGGUUGGCAUGUCCAUACAGGCCAAAUGGUUCCUUGCAAAUUUUCACUGCUGACUAAUAGUAAGCCGUCUUGCCAAUGCUGAGAGAACAAAGCAGUUUUCAACUGAGGAAGCUACUGUAGGGAUCCAGCUGUUUUUCAACAUCAGCUUUUAUUUCACCUCGGUAUGCUCGGGAGCUUUUUUUUUCCUUUUCUUACUACUUGAUUGAAAUUAUAGGGCACAAUCUCUGGCACAGUAUAAAAAAAUGUAGAAGCUCAGAGAGCUGUUGUGAUGACUAACUCUACAGCAUGCUUUCUGCUUGCUAUAUUCCAGGCCACCUGCAGUAUUAACUCAUUUGAAUUUGUUAACAUUUGUUCAUAUAUCAGGAUAUACUAACAAAAACUUCUGCUUUAGAUAAAUGAGUACAAUUCUUUUUCUUUCUGUUACAUACUGUCCACAUUCUCCAGAGGAAGUUGAAUACUUUGAUUUGCAACCUCUUUUCCCAAAAAAGGCAGAAGACUUUGUAGAUCAUUAAAAUGUCAUUUGGUGUUAAAAUGUUCAUUUGAAAGCAUAUUGUUGAGAUAUUCACUCAAGCUGAACUAGGGUUUAAUGAGUCACUGUUAGCUUUAUUUAACCAGGAGAGCAAUUAAGAACACUUUGGGUAAAGGCAUUUAAAAGGUAAAAGAACAUUUCUACACACCUGAAGCCAUUUCUACACGCUCACUGGUGAAACACUGCCCCAUAGUGGCAGAAGUUUUACUUACAUUUUUCAACAAUUACAAAAUGUUCCUUAAGGUGAUCCAACUUUUUUUGAAAAAUCCUGCUGAUGUUAAAAAUGUAAUGGCUUUUGCAAAGCACUGCAUUCUGCAUUUAUUUACAUUUUACACAUGGCCAACUUUUUGGAAAUGAGGUUGCAGAUCAGUCCUCUGCAAAGUCGUCUGAUAUAUCAGCACUGCGGAUAUUUUGUUUUGGGAUGAUGAAGGUAUUCAAGUACUAGCUUAAUCAACAGCUAUUUCAAGACAUACAAGUCAUUAUUUGAGCUUUGAAGGGUACUACACUUAAAAUCAACAUCAUUGUUUGGCUUCUGCACUGAUUGCAAACCUUCACACCCACUCAUUCACCUGCACCCAUCAUGAGGGACCUCAGCAGUCACCCUGAGCUUGUAUGGCAUUUCCUGGUCAUGUGGUUGACCCCAGUGGAGGGUUUGGGGCUGCAGACCAACAAUCUCUAGUUAAAUCCUCCCUCCUGCUGGUGCUUUGUAGAGCCCACUCCAUAAAACCAUUUAGUCUCACACACAUAAGCACAGACUGAUACAGGAAAGCACACAUAUGCUUGCUGGUGUGCAUACACAAAUAGACACACCACCGAAAAAAGGUGGUGUGCUGACGACAAAGCAUUUCUCUGUUCUGGAAUCAAAGCAACUCUUCAUUGUUUUUCUUUUUUUGUCUGUCUGUUAUUUUGGUGGUCCAUGAAGAUAGUGUUCAAAUAGUGAUGAGCUGUGUCAGUGUGAUGUUCCUAUUAUACCAUUUUCAUGAUGGUAUCAUCGCCUCAUUGCACCACCUCCUCAUCUGUCACCUCUACCUGUGUCUCACUCCAGUUCUCUGACAGCAAUACAGUGUAGGGAAAGCCUCCAGUUACCUGCACAUGCACAGGGCGUUCAGAUAGAGAAGGACAGACAACCACUGAUGUUAUCCAGUAGUUAUGAGAGGAGAGAGAUUGCGUAAAUGAAAUAAUGUAUUCAUGGCUGAUCUAACAUCAGAGUUUCCUUUGUAGUGAUUUACUUAUACUAGACUGGACUGUCUAGUAGAUUGAAUUUACUGAGCGCUAUUUAGCCACCGUGACUACCCACAGUAGCAGACGAUGAAAUGCCUUCUCUGGCGUAUAAAUGAGUUUACCCUACAACUGUAGUGUAAAUAGAAGGAGCUAAAUAGUUCUUGUUUGGUUUUUUGCUUUAGUGCUUAGUUUGUGUGAUUUUUUUAAAAAGUUUUGUUUAAGUAAAAACCUCAAAGUUAAAAAAAAAUGUAAAAAUUGAAACUCUUAAAGUAAACUGGACAGCGGGAACUGCCCAGCUCCAACAUGCCAUGAAUGCAGCAGUAUUUCAGCCAAGCACAUCCGAGAGGAGCCUGCAGAUACUAUAAUGAGGCCCACUGAGUGUAAGCUAUAAAAAUAAUGCGCGGGAUCACAGUACACACACAAAAAACCUGAAUGGCUUAAUGCUUUAUAGGAAAUAAUCAACUGAAAGCCAAGUGUGCUCAUUUUGUUGUAAUUCCAGAUGCUAUCUUAAGAAAUCAAACAUGUCAGUUUUAGGUACAGUUUAGAUUCUAAUAAGCCAGCACUGUGAUGUGACUUUGAUUUGCACACUGAAAGCAUCGCUCCGUAUCAGCCCGGUAAUAUGGACAGGCCCCGUAUUACCGGGAUGGGAUGGUCUCUGCUGAAAACACUGAGGGAUUAGUGACAUGUCUGUGGCGUGCUCCCAUAGUUGUCAGAUGUGUGAAGUGUUACUACUGCAUCCAUCCUGUAGAGAGUGCUGCUUAGCCUCUGGAACACUGAUAGUCUGGCUCUUAACAAAGGCUGAGUGAAAAAGCUUACGUCACUAUUAGAGAUGCUGCAGAAGGCUUCCAUUCUGCCCUCAUUCAAGCUAUCACUAUAUUAUUGUGUCUGGAACACUAAAUAUUAUCAUAAUCAUACAAAUUAUGUACAGUUCCCCAGAAAACUCUAAAGUCUCGUGCACUUGAACAUAGUCUUGUUCAUUUUAUUGAUGCACUUAAGUGAUAUUAAAGUUGCUUCACUGUAUGUUGGUAAACAUUGUCAGCAGUGUACUGUACAUGUGUGCUUCUGGGAACAAAACAGUUUUGGUAGCUAGAUGACGUUAUAAUAUUCAAAGAGCAAGUGAUCAAAUAGUCAACAAUUAAGACAACUAAAAGCACCAUUUAAGAAUAUUGAAUAUUGUGUUGUUCCCUCCAGAUCAUUCCCAUGCGUUGCCUAAAAGUAACAUGUCUUACAUGACAUAUGCGUGGGUCAUAUGUGAAAUUAAUGAUGUGAACCAACUUUCUUCUGGAGCAGAAGAACAAAAGUAUGAAAGCACUUUGGGUUGUGGAUCGUGUAUAUAUAAGAAGUAAGGUGUAGCUCCAUGCGUGAACAUCUGGUGGGAUGAGCUGAUGUUGUAUGUCUAGAUCUGGAUUUUUGUGGCAUUGUACUGUUGGCUACGAUGAUUUGACGCUCAGCUCUCCAGUCUGCUCUCAUGUUGUUCCUGUUAACAUUCCCUGCGUCUUAUUUUCUGGCCAAGCUGCAGAGUAACAUUCUGUAAGUAGUCCGUUCAAGGUCUUUAAUGACCUUUUGGAGGAGCCAGUGGGCCCUUUGUUUGAUUUAUUCUGAGAGCGCUGACUUUAAAACUAUCUCUGGUCAAGAACAGGUUUCAGUGUUAGCAUACAGUGUGUUAAAUAAUAAAAGCUGAUGUUAUGAAAUCAAGACUGUUAAAAUGGCCCUUUUAUAAACAUGUUGAGCUCCAUAUUUAUAUUCUUGGACUAGAGUAGAGUUCAAAAUAAUGCUUGCUGGUCUUUUGCUUGUGCAGUCCCUCACUUCAUCCUAUACCUGAAACAAGCCUUUAAAUCAGCUUUGUUCUGAUUGACGGAUCCUAUGAUUUGGACAAAGUAAUCUCACGAUUUUUUUCUAUUGUAAGGUAAAUAUUCUAAAGUAAUACAAUUAUAAUGUUAUUCAAGUUAAGUUAUAUACAUUGACAGAAAAUACAGGAAAGCCCCACAGACCCUCUUUAAAGCUAUGAACUUUAAACCUGUUUUAUUUUGCAACACAUUAAAUCAAAGAAAGAAUUCGUUAACAACAGAAAAAUUCAAAAAUAUUUAAGGCUUUCCACCCUGGCAACCAGCAUUUGUACACAAUUUUAUUUGUAUUUAUGAGUAUACACAAACUUUUCAAUGUGAAAAAAGACUGUUAAUUUACAAAGUUCUUUAGGAGCAGCUUUUUGGGACCAUUGAUUAUGAGCCAGACAGUAGCCUAAAACAUGCUUGUAUCAAUGCUCCCAAGUUAGCAGAUAAAAAGAUUGAUGGUGGAGCCUACUGAAAAAUUUAGAGGCAGACAUGUUAAUUCAUAUAUAUAAUAUGGCCUUAUCUUAUAAAUGAAAAGAAUGUGUAGAUUUGAAGAGCUCAAAUAUUCUUAUCAGUUUCAAAAAUGCAAUCUAGUCCAGCUGAGGUUUUUGUGAUUUGAGUCUUGUCUUUGGAUAUUCAGUAAGGAACCCAAUGGACCCUUCAGUUAGUAAAGUUUUAAUAGAACCAUGGGAAUGUGCUCAGUGUUUACUACAGUCAUCAGGAGUGUGAUACAGUUAAUGUUACUUUGGAGCUUGGACAGAAAGUAAGAGUCAGAUUCACUCUGAUGUCCGUUUGAACUCCCAGUUAUUGCACUCAAAUACCACCCUUCCACUAGUAUUUCACACUGUAUAUAGACACCAUCACGUUUUUAUCACUCCGCGUGUAACUCAAAUUAGUUCAAAUGAAAUAAAAAGAAGAAAAAAAAAAUCUUACUUCUUAACAGGGUGUAGUGGAUGUUGAUAGACGGGCAUUUAUGUUCAUAAACCUAGUUAGAGUUGAGGUAAGACAUUCUGGUAAGACUGAAAGCAUAGGGAAGGAAAAGUGUACUUUUUUUUCAGAGUCUGCCUUUUUUCCAUCAAGAAAAGGGCUGCUGAAGUUUCAAGAAUGUUUUAAAAAUGUAUUAAAGAUGCAAGAUUAUGAAUACAUGUAUGAGGUUUGUCUCUGUUCUGUUUUGGAAGAUAGCUCACACAUGGAAAACACUGUUUACCAGAUUCAAAGUGACAGGCAGGAAGAGAACCAGUGUGUGUCCACUUAGAUAUGAUCUGAAGAAGCUUUGCAUAAAGAGAACAUGAGGACACUCCUCAGAAUUGGCAACAUUUGGUGUGAACUGCACUGACACACACUGGUGAGCCCUUUCUUCUGCCUACCACCACCAGAAAGUAAUACCCUUUAUUAAACAGCUCCUAUGUAGACACCUUGACAUAUCUACCAACACGGGACUGAAUUAAGGCAAGUCAUGGACCAAAUUAUCUUCCCACUGUCAAUAACAACAAUAAUAGACCAUUCUGAACCUCUUUGUAAAGUAACAGAAAAGUGCUUCAGAAGCAAAGUUUCAAACACUUCAAAAGUAGUGUUGGUAGAUAUAUCUGGAGCCCCUAACCACGUCUCCCACCUGCAGUGGCUCAUCAGCACCACAGCACUGAAAAGCAGCUGAUUUUACCUCUGUCCUUUACCAUAUAUACAGCAGCUACCAAUUAAACCAGUAUUCCAGCUGUUUAAAUGUCAAGUGGAGUGGAAAAUUACAAGUGUGUGUAUUGUAUUCUGGUCUUCUGCUUGCCCUUACUCAACCUGUGAGGCAGCAGGCAAAAAGAAGCUACUUUUCAGCACUGUAGAAUAAACCCACUGUAGUGUGUGUGUGUGCUGUAUUACUUUGUAGGGCGCAACACCAUAGCAAGAGCAUGCAGAAGACAACAAACCAACUGCUGGUUGUUAGAGGUAUCUGUCCUAUUAGAUAGAGCUUAUCUCCCCUUUCAAUUCUGAAUAUUUGGUAUGAAAGAGAUGUUAAUUGUGGUUAAUUGUUAACUAGUGAUGUGAAUAUUAAUCAAGAAAUAAAAAGAUGAGCAAAAGUU